AUGCUACUAAAUGUAACGUCUUCGCAAUACAUAAGCACACCUCAAUCCAGAAGUCUGAGUGAAAUUGACACGUCAGAAACCGCCAGCUUAUCAUCAGCUACAGACCACAUUUUUGCAUUAUCCACUGAGGUUGUAUCCUCAAUUACGACGAACCUCAUUGAGGGUUUAGAAAGUUCGAUUCAGGUCCCCAUAUCAACCGCAUAUGGUACGACUUCCUUCCGCAACAACACUUCAAGUCCACAAUAUCUGGUUAGCAAUUGCACUUCCUCUGUUCAAAGCAAUAUCACUAUCGAUAGAGGACUGUUAAGUACAUUGAAGACUUUCACUACUUCACAGGUGCCAACCAUAGAGCCUUCGACGACUAAACUAACAACACCAUUAUCUACAACAUUUACCUCAACCUCUACAUCGGAAAUAUACUCCGUAUUCACCAGCGAGAACUCAGUUUAUAUCAUCUAUGACCAAGAAUACAAAUUUACAGAGCGAUCGACAACAUUUAACACCCACUUUCCCCAAACAACUGUGCUUCAAGAAUCAAAUCCUCCGUUAACUUUCACCAUUCCAUCCAAUACCAUUACCGGGGAUGCUAAACUUUAUCAAUAUCUAUCUGGUGCACUAAACACUCAAGAUACCUCAGAUGCCAAUAAUAGAAGGACCGGAGUUAUUGUCGGUUCUACGGUUGGAGUUGUCAUUGGAGUUGUAAUAGUAAUUUUUAUCGGAUUCAUAAUUAUUAGAAACAGACGAAACGUGAAAAAUCACAGCAAAAAGGGCUUUAGCCAUGAUAUUGGCAAGAGGGUAAGUUGUGAUGAGGUAACAGAAACAGAAGCACCGUCAAAUCCGUUCCUAAAUGUCCUUAAUUAUAAAGUAACAACCAACGGCGAGGGCAAACGAGAUUCCUUUGAAAAUGGUAGAGAUUUACACAGAGCUAGUUCCUCAGACGGUAUAUAUAUAGCACAUCCUUAUUAUGGGAUGGCGGAUCACGAAUCCGGGAGAUUUUCAUACGUAUCGUCAUACAAUGAAUCUGCGGAGUCAUCCAUUGAAGAAACAAGUUCCAGUGCGUCUACUAUUACUCGGCCAAAUAUUCAGCAAACCAAUAGCUUUUUGAGAGAAAUUAUUUAA